AACCUCUACCCCCUCUCCGUCGCCGCCCUCUCUUCGCCGUACAAAUCUCUUACCCCUCCCUCGCUCUCUCUCUCUCGCUACCUUCCCGGUGCUUCGCUCGCUUCUCGACGCCGCCGAGAUUCCGGCCGCUUCGCGAUUCGUUGCAGGCUCGCGGGUCCCGCCGCGCCCCACCCUCCCCUCUCUCUCCGGCGAACAUGGCCGAUGACUUCGACAUCCCGCCCGCCGACGAGAUGAACGAGGACUUCGACCUCCCCGACGACGACGACGACGCCCCCGUCAUGAAGCCCGGCGAGGAGAAGGAGAUCGGCAAGCAGGGCCUCAGGAAGAAGCUCGUCAAGGAAGGCGAGGGCUGGGACACUCCUGAUAAUGGCGACGAAGUCGAAGUGCAUUACACCGGGACGCUCCUUGAUGGUACUCAAUUCGAUUCUAGUCGGGACGGCGGGACUCCUUUCAAGUUCACUCUCGGCCAAGGGCAAGUGAUAAAGGGAUGGGAUCAAGGUAUCAAGACAAUGAAGAAGGGGGAAAAUGCUAUUUUUACCAUACCUCCAGAGCUAGCUUAUGGCGAGUCUGGCUCAUCUUCCACCAUACCUCCUAAUGCAACUCUGCAAUUUGAUGUUGAACUGCUUUCUUGGACAAGUGUCAAGGAUAUUUGCAAGGACGGUGGCAUAUUCAAGAAAAUUCUGGUGGAAGGCGACAAAUGGGAAAAUCCUAAAGAUCUUGAUGAAGUAUUAGUCAAGUAUGAGGUUCAGCUGGAAGAUGGUACCACAGUUGCAAAGUCUGAUGGAGUGGAAUUCACUGUUAAAGAAGGACAUUUUUGCCCAGCAGUUGCUAAAGCUGUGAAGACAAUGAAAAAGGGGGAGAAAGUUCUUUUGACAGUCAAGCCACAAUAUGGAUUUGGUGAGAAAGGUAAGCCGGCUUCUGGUAAUGAGGGUGCCGUUCCACCUAAUGCCACUCUUCAAAUAAUGUUAGAGUUGGUAUCGUGGAAGACUGUGUCUGAAGUGACUGAUGACAAGAAAGUAAUAAAAAAGAUCCUCAAGGAAGGGGAAGGGUAUGAGAGGCCUUCUGAAGGAACUGUAGUUAAAGUGAAAUUGAUUGGGAAGUUGCAAGAUGGUACAGUAUUUGUGAAGAAGGGCCACGAUGAUAGUGAGGAGUUAUUUGAGUUCAAGACCGACGAAGAACAAGUAAUCGACGGGCUUGACAGAGCUGUGAUGAACAUGAAAAAGGGAGAGGUUGCUUUGCUGACAGUUGCACCUGAGUAUGCUUUCGGAUCUUCUGAGUCUAAGCAGGAUCUGGCUGUGGUACCUCCUAAUUCAACUGUGUAUUACGAGGUGGAGUUGGUCUCUUUUGUCAAGGACAAGGAGUCGUGGGACAUGAAUACUGAAGAGAAGAUCGAGGCUGCAGGCAAGAAGAAAGAAGAAGGAAAUGUUCUAUUUAAGGCGGGGAAGUAUGCAAGGGCUUCCAAGAGAUAUGAAAAGGCUGUGAAGUUCAUAGAGUACGAUACAUCCUUUAGCGAAGAGGAGAAGAAGCAAGCGAAGGCACUGAAAGUUGCGUGCAAUCUGAAUGAUGCAGCAUGCAAGCUAAAACUCAAAGAUUACAAGCAGGCUGAGAAACUGUGCACCAAGGUUUUGGAGCUGGAUAGCAGUAAUGUGAAGGCUCUUUAUCGGAGAGCACAGGCUUACAUCCAGCUGGCUGAUCUUGAUUUGGCUGAAUUUGAUAUUAAGAAGGCGCUAGAGAUUGAUCCUGACAAUAGGGAUGUGAAACUGGAGUAUAAAGUAUUGAAGGAGAAGGUCAAGGAGUACAACAAAAAGGAUGCCAAGUUCUAUGGCAAUAUGUUUGCCAAAAUGAGUAAACUAGAGCCUGUCGAGAAGACUGCAGCUGAGGAGACUGAAGCGAUGAGCAUAGACAGCAAGGCAUGAGAGAAGCGCGCACCUAUUCCUUUUCUUUUCUUUCGGUCCAUUUGUGUCCUCUACAUGCACGGAAUUCUCUAUUCCGUGGCAAUGUAACUGGGAUUACGUAAUUGGAAUUGGAAAACAUAAAAUGUUGAUAC